UGGCGGAUUCAUCGAAGUAUUUUGUAGUUAAUCGUUUUAUUUCGUUUUCUAGGCGUUUUUGAAGGAAAUGUAAAUGGAGAAUAGUUUAGAAAUGAAUUUUUGAGCCAGAGAAAUGCUAAUAUUUUGUUCAACCAGCAAAGAUCAUGAAUAUUUUAAACUAUGACUAAGGAAAGUACUAGAUUUUAUCCUGAAUAUCCUCCAGUUAACACGGCUAACAUGCCAAUUUCUAAUCGAAAUUUCUCAAAAAUGAAGACGGUUUUAAGAAGCUAUAAAGCGUUAGGUUUGCUUUUCAUUAUUAUAAUAUUAUUYGGUGCUCUUUCGCGGGCUUUACAGAACUCUGGCUACAGCUACAUGGACAAAAAACAUUCUUAUGUCAGACGUUAUCUUGAUUUUGGCAUCAUGUUUGAUGCAGGUAGUACAGGAAGUAGAAUUCACGUAUUUGCAUUUCAAAAAUUAAAAGAUGGGACAUUAAAGUUAGUAGAUGAAGUAUUUCAGCACUCUAAACCUGGUCUUUCAUCAUUUUCAAAGAAUCCUAAAAAGGGUGCUAAGACUAUACAUGAACUUUUAAAAAUAGCAAAGAAUGUAGUACCACCAAAUAAAUGGCACCAGACACCUGUAGCACUUAAAGCAACAGCAGGACUUCGGUUAUUACCUGCUAAACAAUCAGAACGAUUGUUAAAAGAGGUGUAUAAUGUUUUAAAACACUCUCCUUUCAAAGUAUCUGGCCCAGACAGUGUAUCAAUCAUGGACGGAUUAUAUGAAGGCAUAUAUGCUUGGGUCACUGUUAAUUUUCUUACAGGUAGAUUUAGUMAAAAAGACGCAGCYUUGUUUGGUGCCUUGGAUCUUGGUGGUGGRUCAACCCAAAUAACRUUUAAUCCGAUUGUUGAAGACACUCUUUCAAAUUCUCCAAAAGAAUUCACUCACACAUCAGAAGUUUUUGGUCAUAAGUUUAAUUUGUACACUCAUAGUUAUCUUGGCUUAGGACUCAUGGCAGCUAGAGCAACUAUAUCCAAACAAGGGGCGCAAUCCAAAGACACACAAGGAGAGAACAUUAGCAGGAGUCCAUGUCUACCACCUACAAAUGUUGGUAAAUGGAAAUUUGGUGGAAAAACCAUUACAGUAAGUGGUCAUGCCAAUUAUAGUUUUCAAGCAUGUAUGAACCAUGUCAAGAGUCUAGUCAAACCUGUAGACAGGCAAGAUGAAAUGAAUGAGAGAACAUUUUACACAUUCUCCUAUUUCUAUGAUCGAGCUGCAGAUAUGAACCUUGUUGAUGUAAAUAAAGGAGGGAUCAUUACCGUAGGGGACUUUGUUGGGAAAGCCAAUGAAGUGUGUUCAUCAGAUCGUGUCAGACCAAACAAACUCGCUUGCAUGGAUGCUACAUACAUUGCWGCUCUACUCAAACAUGGCUAUGGACUUCAAACGGAUAGAAAAUUAAUUUUACGUAAAAAGAUUGAUGGUGUGGAGUUGAGCUGGGCUCUAGGUGCUACAUUGGAUAUGCUAAAUAAAGAAUCAAAGCAAUGAAACUAAAGUUGUGGAUUUUCAAAAAUUUUAAUACCAAGGGCUGGUACAAUAGUCUUGUAAGGGGAAUUAGCGGAAACAAUAACUUUAUAGAGAACACGUUGAAGUUUGGAAGGUUUUAAUCAGAGGCUCGAGUACACCUUGCCCGAGAAAGAAUGAUUUUUAAUACUUAAUACAAUAAAUAGUACUUAAUAAAAGUUUAAUACUUAAAAAAAUAAAAAACUUAUCAUAGAUUUGUUUAGAUUUUAUUUAAAAUGUAAAAUGUGUUAAAAAAGAAAUCACGAAGUGAGUUGAUUUAGAGAGAUUAUUUUGUUUUUUGAUAGUCUUGUAUUGAAAUCACGUUUGUUUUAUAGGAAAUAUAAUACAAGUACAUCAACUUAUUAAUUAAAAUUUGUUUUGAUAAGUG